AUGUCGACGGUUCAAGCUCAGGAUACUUUGACUUCGGAAGUCACAGCGAUUCAUAUUCCAGACGACGAACUGUUCCGAUAUGCUGGUAGUUUGAGGGAUAAGGUUGUGGUGAUCACGGGUGCUUCAGCUGGGAUUGGGAAAGAGACGGCGACGAAACUGGGAGCUUAUGGGGCUAAGGUUGUCAUUGGGGAUCUCGACUUUUCUGGUUCUGAGAAGACAGUUGAAGAGAUUCGAAAAAAUGGAGGGAAAGCGUUCGUGCUUAAAUGCGAUGUUACUGUGUUUGACGAUAUUGUCGCGCUGUAUGAGUUUGCUAUGGAUAAAUUUGGAGCUGUUGAUAUUGUGAUUCCUAACGCAGGUGUUACGGAGAUUGGAAGGCUGGGUGAUGUUAGGUUUGAUGAGAAUGGGAAGCCUAAGGCUCUGGGAUUCAAAACUAUACAAGUUAAUCUCAUUGGCGUGUUGAAUACGCUGCACCUCGCGCAAUACUAUCUUUUGAAGAACCGUAAAGAUAGGACCGAUCUCAAAGCAGUUAUUCUUCUUGGUUCUGUAGCCUCUUGGCUUGGAUUACCAGGUGGUGCUCAAUACACCGCUUCGAAACACGCAGUGCUCGGGUUAAUGCGUUCAAUGCAUCCUGUCUACGAGAGGAUGGGAAUUAGAAUAGCGACUAUUCAUCCGUUCUUUGCUGACACUGCUAUCGUCCCAGUCCCAGUGAAAAUCUUCCUAAGUGGCAUUCCACUCGUACCUAUCCCACGUAUCGCAGGAGCCAUCAUCUACGCCGCUAGCAAUCCCGACCGGGCUGCGAGUGGGUGUGCGUAUAUGGUUCUGGAUGAUGGGCCUGUGUUUAGGAUUCCGAAGGAAGAGUUUAAGUUGGGGGUUUAUAAGAUGAUUGAUGAGAGGAGUAAUGCGUUGUUUAAGGCGGUGGGAGGGAUGGUUAGGCUGGUUAGAGCGAUUCGGAAGAUGAAGGUACCUUUGGUGGGUGUUGUUGUUGCGAUUGUUUCGUGGGGAUUGUAUGGGCGGUUUGGGAAACAGUUUGGGCUUGGGUUGUGA